AUGGGUUAUGAGAACAGCAGCCCUGGGAUCCCGGGAAAACCGCCAGGAGGUGCGGAGGCGGUGGAUCGAAGUCGAGCCGGAUCAGGAAUCGGAAUUGAAUCAACGGCUCCUCGUAGCUCGAACGAACUGGAUCAACGGCUGGGGGUUCCCGCACGCGGGGAGUUUGCGGAAAACGGGGAAGCCACGGGGAAGUUCGAAGCUGGGAAGGGGAGGAAGGGGACGAGGGUCGGGGAGCGGACAAGCGGGGGAGUGGGGAAGAUGGGAGAGGGUGGAGGGGAAGAGGGAGGUGAGGGGAGAAAGGGAGAGAAAUUUAGGCGAGUGAAGGAGAGGGGAAAUCGGGAAAAGGCUGAAAAGGGGACAAAUGGGGGGAAGCGCGGGGAACGGGGGGGGGGACACGGAGGCGGAGACGGAGGCGGAGACGGAGGCGGAGGCGAAGGAGCAACAUUGAUGAUUCCGGAGUUUCAGGCUGUCGGUGGGGAAUCAAGGGCAAUGGGGAAGGAGGGCCUGUCACUUCGUGUCGUUUCCUACAAUAUCCUGGCGCAGGCAUACGUCAAGAGUGAGCUUUUCCCCCACUCACCGCCACAGAGCCUCAGGCAGAGGAAUCGGUUCAAGGCGCUUCUCACGCUGCUGCCCGCUCUCUCUGCCGACUUCCUCUGCGUUCAGGAGAUGGACGAGUACGAGGGCGUGUAUCGCCAGCCCAUGGCGGCAGCGGGGUGGGAGAGCGUUUACGUGAAGAGACCGGGCAAAAAGAGGGAUGGAAGCGGUAUCUUUUACAGAUCUAGCAGAUUUCGCCUGCUUCGCUCGCAGCCGAUCCACUUCAACGACCUCGUUCCGCCAAACCAACCAGUGCACCUAGAGCAACCGGCCCAGCCAGGCCAAGAAGUCGCUCCUAGUCCUUACUCGUCCGAAGAAUCCCGGGGUUUAUCCGCCUCGCAUGUGUCGGAGGCGACUCAAACACAGAGUGCCGGUCCCGACUCGUCAGAAUCGCGUGACCUGUGUGACCCCCGUGUUCGCUUCAAGCGCGACUGUGUCGCCAUUGUUGCGGCGUUCCAAGAAAGAGCGAGUGAAGAAAAGGAAGGAGAAGAGGCAGAGGAUGGGGAGAGCAUGGCGGGAGGGGAGGUGGUAAGGGAAGGGAUAGGAGGAAGAGGAGGAGAGAGAGGGCAGCAGGGAGAGGGGCGAGUGGUGGUGGUGGCAUCAUCUCACAUCUUCUGGGACCCAGCAUGUGCAGACGUGAAAUUGGCUCAAGCACACUACCUGCUGCAGCAAGUGGCGCAGUUCCGAUCCUCUAUAGUCACCUCCGGGCACACUACAGCCGUCGCUGCAGCGGGCGGCGGGCUGUCAGAAGGAGCUGUGUGGGCGGUGCUGUGCGCGUGCGCUGCUGGCGCCCAGCUCCUGGAGCAGCGCACGUCGUGGGGUCAGCAGGUGCCAUCGGUGCUCCUAGCCAUGCUGUGUCCGCACUGGCUUCUGAUCCGAGGUCCCUCGUCUCCCCUUUUCCGCCUUCCCAUUCCCCCCAUCCUCGAACCCCCACCCUCGCAGCUGCUAGAGCAGCGCACGUCGUGGGGUCAGCAGGUGUCCUCGGUGCUUCUAGCCAUGCUAGCAGCGGCCGUGCUCGCGUCCCUCUCUGUGCUGCCCACCGCCUCUCCCGUCUAUGAUUUCGUGUGGACACGUGUCAUGCCCAUGGCAGUGGCGCUGGUGCUGUUAGAGACAGAUGUGACGUCAGCAUUCACACAGUCAGGUCCUGGCCUGCUAGCUUUCAUGCUGGGUGCAGCAGGCACGAUUGCAGGGACACUUGUCGGCUUCUCAUUGGCCGGCCCUUCCCUGGGCGUGGAGGGCUGGAAGGUGGCGGCGUGCUUCUGUGCGACGUACAUCGGAGGGAGCGUUAACUACGCUGCCACUGCUAAGGCGCUAGGCAUGGACAUCACAGCAGGAGCAGCAGCGGCCAGCACGGGAGCCAGUCUCCUCACAGCAGGCAUGGCGGUCGACAACCUUCUCAUGGCUGCAUACUUCUCGGUGCUCGCUGCUCUCCCCGACUCCUGGCCCAAGCCGUGGGAGUCCCUCACUCUCUCCAUAGCCGCUGCCGCCUCCGCAUGCGCGCUAGCAGACAAACUUGCCGUCCACCUGCCGCCCGUGAUGGCCUCGGCCCAGCUGGCGCUUGCCGCCGUGCUGGCCUCCCUCCUGUCGACUAUAGGAGCGUCGGCAAGUGUGUCUGAAGCCAUGUCUGCUGGUGGUGGUCUGCUUGCAUUCGUUGCAACUGUGUUAAUGGUUCACAUUGUAGUCGUUCUUCUAGGGGGAAGACUCCUCAACAUCCCACUUGAUAUUCUAAUGGUAGCAUCCAACGCCAAUGUGGGCGGACCUGCCACGGCUGCUGCUAUGGCCAGUGCUCGCAAUUGGCCCCAACUGGUGCGCCCUGCGGUGUUGCUUGGCACAUUUGGCUACACCAUCGGAACAGCCAUUGCCUUUCUGCUCGGAAUCAACGUGCUGCAGCCCAUGGCAGCAGCUGCUCUCGCGAAAGUAUUGUGA